AUGCACCAGUUCCUCGAGGCCCUGCCAAAGUGCGAGCAUCAUAUGCAUUUGGAAGGUUCACUCACCCCAGAGUUGCUCUUCACCCUCGCACAACGCAACAACAUCACACUGCCCUCCUCCGAAGAUGCUGCCUUUGCCUCCCCAGAGACACUCCUCCAACGGUAUCGCAAAUUCACCUCCCUCGAUGACUUUCUCCACUACUACUUUAUCGGGAUGUCAGUCCUGAUCACGGCUGCAGAUUUCGAGGCUCUUGCCUAUGAGUAUUUCAGUCGCGCUCAUGCCGACGGUGUCCUGCACGCGGAAGUCUUCUUCGACCCACAAGCGCAUACGGAACGGGGUGUCGCGCAUGGCACCGUUGUCAAAGGCUUCAAGAAAGCCCAAAAGCGGGCGGAAGCCGACUUCGAGAUCUCAUCCGAACUCAUCGUGUGUAUUCUACGGCAUCUGCCAGUCCAAGACGGCGAGAUGAUGUACCGCGAGGCAAUUCCGGACCUCGAAACCGGUGUGAUCCGAGGUCUAGGGCUAUCGAGCACAGAGCUGGGAAACAUGCCGUUCCUGUACAAGGAGACCUUCGGCGAUGCGGAGAAACGCGGCUUCAAACUCACCGCGCACGCCGGCGAGGAGGGCGGCGUCGACUACAUGGCCUCAGCUCUGCAUGACCUGCACAUCACACGCGUGGACCACGGGAUCAAGCUCCCCGAUGACCCAGCCGUCAUGGUGGAAUUCGCGCAAAAGGACAUCCUGGUGACGAUGUGUCCCCUGUCGAACGUGGAGCUGCGAUGUGUCAAAUCGGUCGCUGAGCUGCCCAUCAAAGUCUACCUGCAGAACGGCGUGAAAUUCAGCAUUAACAGCGACGACCCGGCUUACUUCGGCGGAUAUAUUCUGGAUAAUUUCUGCGCGGUGCAGAAUGCAUUUGCUCUCAGUGCGGUGGAGUGGUCGACGAUAAGUUGGAACGCGAUAGAGGGAAGCUGGUGCAGCGAGGAGCGUAAGGAAGUUUUGAGGCUUAAAUUGAGGGAGGUGAUGCAGAGGUUUGCUCCCGCCUUAUGA